CAGCUGAAAUAAAAGUGUUUGGUUCAUACAAAAGGUUCUUGAGAAAAAGGAAGACUUUCGUCCAACAGCAUCAAAUCCUUUGUUGGGCGAAAAGCCACUGCCAUCGUGGUCGGGUUCGAGGGCGACCUGUGUAAAAAUCACAUUCUACCUGCUCCUUCCAGGUGCGGAAGACACAUUGAAUUGCUGUUACAUGACGGGCUAUAAAAUGCUGCCAGUGACCUUCUUCCCUCUUCUCAUCAUUACAUGUGCUCAUCUUUCGGAGUCCACAACACUGAGUCGAGUGGCUGUUGACGUGAAACGCUCCGCCAUCCUGCCCUGCACUCACACCGUCCACAAAGGUCUCACUGAGGUCACAUGGAGAGCAGGCAGUGAGGAACUGGUCGCUUCUUACCUACAGGGGAAUCUCACAGUAGGUCCUGGGUUCGAGAGCAGAGUCCAUCUGUCCACGGAGGGGAUUGAGGGCGGAAACCUCUCCCUCAUCAUCAGUUCUGUUGAGUACAAUGAUGCAGAUGUUUACAGCUGUUCCAGCGACAACGUUCAACUUUGUGAUGUCAGACUACAAGUUUUUGCGCCCACGGUGGACCCUGUACCAGUAGGGGACCGUGUCAAACUCCCCUGUUACGCCCCCAUCAACAGACAGACAGAAGACAGUCAGCUUAAUGUGCGCUGGGAGAAGGAGGGAAAAGUUGUUCUGCACCUUCAUUCUGGGUCCGUCACUCUGGGCUCCGGGUUCGAAAACAGGGUCAGUGUGUCUAAGGAGGACAUCAGAAAGGGUGACCUGUCACUGGUCUUCAACACGACGCUUUUCUCAGAUCACGGCAGCUACAGGUGCUUCUACAACAAGGAGAAAACGGCAGGAGAUCCUGAGGAAAUUAAACUUACAUUUACAGCCCGUGAGGACAACCUCACUGUCUCAGAGGGUGAUUCCAUCACCCUGCCGCUCCACUCUACAGAACCAGUGAGAGUCCAGUUCUCCAGCGCUGGUGAUCAGUCGACUGGCGUGUCUGUGUGUGUGGUGGAAGGAGGUUUACCGCGGUGUGAGACACAGUACAAGCACAGGGUGUCCAUCCAGAACGGGAGUCUCCAUUUGCAGCAAGCGUCACCAUCUGAUAGAGGUGUCUACAGAGUCAUGGACCACAGGACAAAUGACAUCAUCAGCAUCUUCACCGUGGAUCUUAUUGAAGGUACACAGUUUCAUUUUCCUUGGGUGACUCUGGCAGUGGUGGUGGGGAUAGUGAUUGUGCUGAUGAUGCUGAUGAGGAGGUGAAGAAAGAACAAAGUGCUGCUGGGUAACAGGACCCAGAAGGACACAGAUAAGUGUAAAACACAGGAAGUCCAGUUUUCUCCUCUGGUGAAGUAGAAGCUACAGAAAAUCUACAGACCAGUUAUCAUCCAUGAGACCAUCAAUGUCCCCCCCC